GCUGUUUUGUUUGCACAAUCUUUCCGGCGGCUGCUGUUAAAUUUUUGAAUUAGAAUAUUUUAAUGAAAAUCCUACAGAAUAUGUGCCGAAACGUGUUUGAAUAUCGAAGAAAAGUGUCGCUUUCUUGUGGGCGAUUUUACUGUAACUCUCCUCGUGAUAAUAGCCGCUUGAGGGUUCUGUUUUUCGGAACGGAUAACUUCUCACUGCCCAGUUUGCGGAUUCUUAACGACAGUUUCAAAUCCAACGGAACCGUUACCUCUCUGGAGGUGGUGACUUCAUUCAAAGCAACCAAAAAUCCGCUGAAGCGGUUUGCCGACGGCGAAAACCUCCGGCUGCACGAUUGGCCCCUUCAGCAAACUGGACCAGAAGUUCACCGGAACUUUGAUCUCGGUGUGGUCGUUUCGUUUGGACAUUUGAUUCCGGAGGCGCUGAUUUCGUCCUUUCGAUUAGGAAUGCUCAACGUCCACGCGAGCCUCCUUCCGAAGCUGCGCGGAGCCGCUCCCAUCGUGCACGCCAUUGCCGCAGGCCACGCGGAAACGGGCGUGACCAUCAUGCGCAUCCGGCCGCGGCACUUUGACGUGGGGGAAAUCCUGGCCCAGCGGCACGUGCCCAUCGGACCGCACACGCUGAUGCCGGAACUGCACGGUCAGCUUGCGAAUGUGGGGGCGGCCGCGUUGCUCCACUGCGUGGAGAAUCUGGAUCGGUACUACCGGUGCUUGCGCACGCAGGACGACGGGGAAGCGACUUAUGCGCCGAAAAUUGUGCCACAAUUUGCGGACAUUCGGUGGGCUGGGAUGGGCGCGCGGGAGGUUUACGAUCGGUUCCGGGCGCUGUACUCGUAUCGACCGCUGACGACGAGGUUGGGCGCGGAGCUGGUUAAGAUCUUCCGGGUGAGCUGUGACGGUGAGGGUGAGGUUGGUGGCGGAGAGGAGGAUUUCGUGCCGGGAGAAAUUCGAUUUUGUCGGAAAAGUAAACGGUUGAGGGUUCGAUGUGGGGACGGGAACAUGGUGUGCGUCGAGCAGCUGUCCAUCGGUGGGAAGAAAGUGAUGAGCGGGCAGGAGUUCUACAACGGAUUUCUGAGCAAGUUGGAGCCCGUGAACAGAGUGUUUAUUAAUGAGAAUUGAGUUGUAGGCGAAUGCAAUAAAAAUGAUAAACAGUUAAACACA